CCAGCAUCCAUUAUCUCUGCGUUAUUAAAAUCGUUUUCCUAAACCUAAAAAUAUGGCAACUACAGUAGUCAUUGCGGCCCCAGCGAGCGGUCACCCAGGAGAUGCAUUUAAAGAAGAAUUCAAAAAGAUCGGGAUAAGCGAACUUACAUUCGGAGGAUGCGCCAUUGUUUUUGAAAUCAUCUCACUGGCAAUUUGGAUCAGUACUUACCUGCUUUAUACAUCAGCUCCUGGGAUCUACUGUGGAAUAUGGUUCUGUGUGUGCGGAGGACUUGCCAUAGGAUCAUACAAGCAAGCUAAUCAAUGCAAUGUUGUUGGAGGCAUGGUGUUGGCAAUUCUCUCUCUCUUCGGUUGUCUUGGAAUGAUUUAUUAUGAAUCCUAUUUGAUCUAUCUAGUGACAGCUGCUGCACGGGGAUUCCAUUUCCUAGUCAUCAUGCAUAUACUACUGGACAUAUGUGCAAUUGGAAUGUUCGUCUCUGCAUGCAUUCACAUCAGCAUCUGUGCAAAGGCAUCUCGUGGUGGCUAGAUUAUUCGGAAACGGAGUAGAAAUUGGCUAAACUUUUGAGACAAAAAAAUUGCUUUUGGUAUAUUUGUUAUAUUCUAUAUAGAGUCAUGUAGAGAUUUGAAAAUGCAGAAAUCGUUAUAACUUCAUGAUAAUUAGUUUUAAGAGUGUAAAAUUUUAAAAUAAGUAUUCAUUUUGUUUCGUGAUUUUUCUAUUUAUCAACAAUUCUUCAAAUGAAAAUGUUUUUAUUACAAACCCUAUAUCGACUAUAAUUGAUUUAAAGGGAUUCACUACCGGAUUUUGGCGGGCAAAAAAAAAGAUGGCGGCGAUUCUAAAUUUUCGUAUGAACCAAUUCGAAAAAUGUAUUAUUCCAUUCGAAAUGCCCAUCGCUACACAUUAGCCCUCGAAUUUCAAUUGUGCCGGGAUUUAUGAUAAUGACCCUAAUUAAAAAUCAUAUAUAUUUGCCCGAUUCCAUAUUUUCUGUCGUGUAGUUUUCACUACGCGAUUGUUAAAAUACGAUAUCAUACACACGUGUUCACUUCAUUCCCAAUAUAUGAUGUUAAAUGUUUUUCUGUAUCAUUCAAUCUACUGCUUAUUUGCAUAAAUUUACUUUAAACGUAUAAUAAUAAGCUAUAAACAAAAUAUAUAAUUUGUAAAAAAAUUGUAAUAAAAUCAUACUUAAUUUAUACUUGCAAACAAGUUAUAAUGGGUGAUUCAAGAGUCUUUUGCUUCCAGCAAACUUGUUAUAAAAGUUGUUCAUUAAACUUUCACAAAUUGUACUUUGUAGCGUUUAAUUGGACGGAAGUCAAUUGUAAAAUGCUUGUCUGAAGAAGGUAUGCAUUAACUGUACAAAUAACUUUACAAGAAUCAAAAAGCUAUAAUUAAACUCUUUUAUUACGCUUUCUCAAAUUUUUUUGCAACGUUCCGUCAGUCAAGUCAGAAUUUCGCAGACAAGUACUUUACAACAAUCCGGCGAAAGAAUGAUGAUACCCGAUUGGCUCUUGUACCACACUUUUAUAAAUUUUAUUCUGUAACGUUUCGUCUGACUUAACGCAAAUUUUCUCAUGCAAGCAGUCCAAUUAUCAGGAUUGUUCAUAUGACAUAUUUUUCUGCACCAUCUCAUUUCAUGGGAAGCCCUUCCCCAUGGGCAAAACUGGGGAUUUCCAUAGGUACCCAUUCUCAUGAACAACUUUGCCGGUGUACCACCACGAAAUAAAUAAAUAAAUACAUGUUAGUAUGAAAAAAGGGUAAAAUAAAUUUUAAAGGCAAAAAGUAUGAAGUUAGCUCUCGAGUAGUCAAGUUGCUAUGACAUGGCUACUGCCCCAUUCCUUGGGAAUCUCAUUCUGACGGACAAGCCUGCCCAUUGACCACACAUGCUUUAACUACUACAAUUAUAUUGGAUUUCCUCUCUUGGAGAGCCUUAUUUUCAGCCGGUCUUUGUAUCUGUUUAAACGGCUUGGCCUAUUUGAUUGAAAUUUCACACGUGGGUUUUGCUGUCACCCUAGUAAUGUGCAUUUUACCUGAAGUUUGGAUUGAUAUUUCGUUUCAAUGCCAACAGCAAAAAAACAUGCCGAUCGUUAAAAAUUUUUCAUUUUCUCAAAAUUUUCCGUUGUUUAUGGCAAUUUUUUUCUCAUCGACAAGCCUGCCUAUCAGACACAUAUGAUUUAACUAUUUUACUUAUAUGUAAUAUGAUUUAUUAUGUUCACGUUUAGUCAGAAUUGUAUAAAACGACAGGGUUUAAAUCUAUUUCCAAUUUAUUUACUAUUGAAACUUUUUUUCGUAGAUGUACUGAUAUCACAAUUUCGCUGAUAUCAAUUAUAUAUAGGUUAUGUGCAUUAAAAUUCAUAGACUGGCUCCGUUUUAAUUUCUCCCACACAAAAUAAAAAUGACACGCAAAGAAGUGUAAUCAAAUAUUGACCAGCCCCUCUUUGCUUCGUUCGAAUUGUAAUGGUUUUUCUAAUCAAAUAAUCUGAACAGUCCCACCCAAUCUUGUGCCUCGGAUGAAAAAACUACUGGAAAAUUCAUUUAAUUUUUGUAAAUGCAACACGUUUUGAAGAACUAUUCGUUGAAUACUAGUUUUAUAUAGUUUUGGUUAUAAUGUGUUUGAGAAAGUUCAAAUAUAUAAAAUAGAAUCCAAGAAGCCUAUAAAUAACUGUGUUUCGUGGCAGAAUAACUAGAUAGAAACCGUAGCUAGAGCAACCCGUUAUACACGACUCCAUAGCACCACCUUGUGUAUGUCAACGCAAGGAUGGUUUCUUUUGAGAGGAAAUAUUGAGCGCAAAAAACAAAUUUUGAAGGAUUUUUUGGAUUUGCAAUAUACCAAUCAAAAUAACACUAUAGAUAGCACUGGAAUGAUAAACAGCGGGACAUUAGACAUAAAAGGUUGAGACCCACUUGCUUACAUAUUUGUUGCUGCUUGCUUGCAGUCUCGUUCGGGAAUAAAUGUUAAAGACAUCCCAUUAAAAUACUUAGCUGCCCGUAGUCUUAGACUAAAAUAGCUGCAAAUUGCAAACUAAAAUUUUGUUUUGAUGAUUAUAUUACGUCACAAAUAUUAACGUCAUCAAAAUGUUCUUCUUUUCAGUAAUAAGCGUUUAAAAAAUAAAAUUACGCACAGAAAUAAAAAAGCCAAUAUUAGGUAAUGAAUACAAUUCAAACUGAAGACGAUGCCAUCAUAACAUGACGUCACUAGUGACGUAGAGCUCAUUGCUACGCUUUUCUGUGCAUCUCUUACUUAAAAGUUUAGACGGAGAUACAACAAUGUAGUUUUUACGCUUGUUUGGUUGUUCUUUUUCCACUUUAAGUUUUUCUUCUCGAGACAAAUUAGCGUUGCCAGUUUUUGUGUUUUGUCUCUUGCUUUUAGGUUUGACAGCGGUAUAUUUGUCAAUAAAUUUGGUCUCUUCGGA